GAUGAAGGGGUGGGGGGGGCCCGGCUUUGUCGGUGCCCCGCCCGGGGAUGGGAGGAGGAAAACCUCCCGCCGUCCCUUUAACAGCCAGCGGCGCUGCUCGGAGUUCAGGCCGGGGUCAGGGGGAGUUCGCAGCCCGGGUUUCACCUCCGAGCUGGCGGCGUUGGGAACCCCGAGGAACCGCUGCUGCUUCUUCCAGCUCUUCUUCCUCCUUUUCCUCCUCCUCCUCCUCCUCCUCCCGUUCCGUAGGACCGGCCGGGAGAGCGGGGUAUGGAGGAACAGCAGCAGCAGAGGAGGAGGAGGGUGGAGGGGAAUAGCAACCGGCGGCGGCCCCCCCCCGGGGCUGAGCCAUGAGAGUUCACCGAGACCUCGGCUGGUUGGCGGAGGCCACCGGGCGCCCAGGGCGGCGGGCGAGGAGCGGGAUGCUGGACGCCAUGGAGGUGCCGAGCCACUCGCGGCAGCUGCUGCUGCAGCUGAACACGCAGCGCACCAAGGGCUUCCUGUGCGACGUGAUCAUCGUGGUGCAGAACGCGCUCUUCCGCGCGCACAAGAACAUCCUGGCGGCCAGCAGCGCCUACCUCAAGUCGCUGGUGGUGCACGACAACCUGCUCAACCUGGACCACGAGAUGGUGAGCCCCGGCAUCUUUCGCCUCAUCCUCGACUUCAUCUACACCGGCCGCCUGGCCGAGUGCGAGCCGGGCGGCGAGCAGAGCCUGGGCGCCGUGCUGGCCGCCGCCAGCUACCUCCAGAUCCCCGGCUUGGUGGCCCUUUGCAAGAAGAAGCUGAAACGCAGCGGCAAGUACUGCCACCUGCGCGGGGGCUACGCGCCCUACAAGCUGGGCCGGGGACUGCGCGCCGCCACGCCGGUCAUCCAGGCCUGCUACUCGGGGACGCCGCGGCCCGUGGACUUGCCGCCCGUGGAGCCGGCGGCGCCGCUCAACACGCAGUGCGGGGAGCUCUACGCCUCGGCCGCCCAGGGCGCCCCGCUGCACCCCCACGGGCUGUGCCCGCCCGAGCGCCAUUGCUCGCCGCCCUGCGGCCUCGACCUCUCCAAGAAGAGCCCCACCGGCCCCUCCGCCCAGCUCCUGCCCACCGACCGCCUGCUGCCCGGCGAGCCCCGCGAGCCCUCGCUGCCCCCGCGGCACGACAGCCCCCCCGUCAGCGCCGGCCUCUUGGCCGGCCACGCCGCCGCCUACAAGGACUCCCCGCCGGGCGGCGAGCCGGGGGGGCACCCCCACGCCCCCGACCCCUUCCGCAGCACGCCGCCCUGCGCCGAGCCCCCGCUGCCCCGCGCCGACGGGCGCGAGCUGAUGUACCGCUGGAUGAAGCACGAGCCCCUGGGCCCCUACCUGGACGAGGGCGAGGCGGAGAAGGAGCUGGAGCGGGAGGAAAAGGCCGAGUCGCCGCCCGCGGCGCCGCAGCCCCGCUACCCCAGCGUGGAGAGCAACGACCUGGAGCCCGAUAACAGCACGAGCGAGGAGACGGGCAGCAGCGAGGGCCCCUCGCCCGGCGACGCGCUGGACCGCUACUGCAACCACCUGGGCUACGAGCCGGAGAGCCUGGGCGACAACCUGUACGUCUGCAUCCCCUGCGGCAAGGGCUUCCCCAGCUCCGAGCAGCUCAACGCCCACGUGGAGGCCCACAACGAAGAGGAGCUCUAUCACAAGGCGGCGGCCGAGCAGGCCGUGCCCUUCCUGGACAAGGGCGGCCCGGGGCUGGGUGACAUCCUGCGGCCCUACCGCUGCUCCUCCUGCGACAAGUCCUACAAGGACCCGGCCACGCUGCGGCAGCACGAGAAGACGCACUGGCUGACGCGCCCCUACCCCUGCACCAUCUGCGGCAAGAAGUUCACGCAGCGCGGCACCAUGACCCGCCACAUGCGCAGCCACCUCGGCCUCAAGCCCUUCGCCUGCGACGCCUGCGGGAUGCGCUUCACCCGCCAGUACCGCCUGACCGAGCACAUGCGCAUCCACUCGGGCGAGAAGCCCUACGAGUGCCAGGUGUGCGGCGGGAAGUUCGCCCAGCAGCGCAACCUCAUCAGCCACAUGAAGAUGCACGCGGCCGGCCCCGACGGCAAAGCCAAGCUGGACUUCCCCGACAGCGUCUACGCCAUGGCCCGCCUCACCGCCGACCAGCUGGGGCUCAAGCAGGAGAAGGCGGCCGAGCUGCUCUCCCACACCUCGCACUUCCUCAGCGACCCCAAGGCCAUGGAGAGCCUCUACCCGCUGGCCAAGUUCACGGCCGAGCACCUGGGGCUGAGCCAGGACAAGGCGGCCGAGGUGCUAGCGCAGGCUCCGCACCUCCACGCCGAGGCCGCCCGGACCAUAGAGCGAUACUCGCCCCCCUAGCGCCGGCCCGGCCGGGGGGCUGGGGGGGCCGCGGGGCUCCCCUCGCUGCCCCGCGUGGAGCUCGGGGGGGAGGCGGGGGGGCGCGACAGGCGGCGGGCGCUCGUCCCCCGGCGCUGCCGACGGUCCCGGAGAACUCGCUCGUGGCGGAAGGUCCCAUGAGAGCUGCCCCGGGACGGCUGGACGGCGCGUCCCGCGACGAGCGCCCCGGCUUGCCCGGGAGAAGCCGAUAAUUCAGGGACUGACCUCGUGGCGUGGGCCCUCCUUGCCUUGGGGGGAGCUGCCGGGGCCCCCCCCCCCGGCACCGUGGCGGGAGCGAAGCACGAGCCGUGAGGCCGGGCUGCGCCCCGAGGCUUUGGAGGACAUGAGCCAGCUCCUUACCUCAGGGCCGUUCCCCGGUGCUGCCCCCCCCCGCCCCCGGGGCGAGGGGACACCCUCGGCAGAUGCCCGCAUCGCCCCGGCCCCGCGGCGGGACCCCGCCACGCUCGGCUCUGCCACGAUGGGACCCGGACUGUGCCGCCUCGACCGCCGCCGGCCCGUGAGUAGUUCGUCCGUCGUGGCCGGAGCGACGCCUCCGAGCAGCCGUCCUGACCGGGAGCGGCGAGCGUGGCCGUGCUGGGGCUGGGUUGGGGGGGGGGGGGGGGGGAAUGCGUGUGUGUGCCGGCCAAUUCCCCCCCCCCCCCCCCCGCCCCAACUGGGGCCACGCUGGGAGCUUGGGGACAGACUGACGGAGGGGGACGGUGGGGUCUGGGCAGCGGGUGCCGGGCAGGGGGACGGCGGUCGGGUCCGUGCCGAGGCCGGGGGGGGGGGGGGGGGGGCCAGGGAAUGGCGAUGCUCCUUGCCCAGGAGCAAGCACUGACCUCCUGGCCCGAAGCCGGUGGCUCGGCCGCUGGCCCCCGCCGUGUUUUCGGGAGGUGGGGCAGGGCCUGUCACAGACUGAGCCCCUGGGCCCUGCCCCAGCAGGAGCCUCGCCAUCAGGGAUGCCCGGGGGGGGGGUCCCGGGGGGCCCAGGGACCCCCGGGGAUUUUGCCCUUGGGUGGCCACUGGCCUCGAAUAUUUUUUUUUUUUUUUUUGCCAAAGAUGCCCGUCCCCAGCGCGGCCGGGCCGGGCCGGGGAGUUCAUGACAAAGACAAAGCGGUCUGGUUUGUCAGCUACGGGGAGGUGGGCAGGGGCUGCGGGGAGGGGGGGGAAAGAGCCGAGGGAGGUGAGGAGCCGCCCCAGGCUGGGCUGCGGUGACCUGGGGCCAAGCUCCCCCCUUUCCCCGUUGGGGCACCCCCUGCCACCACCGUACCCCGUUUUCUGCCUUCUGCUCGGUGUGGGCAAAGCCCCCCCUCCCGCCUCGGGCCUGGACCCCCCCCCCCCGGCCCGUGCCCUGACCCCUCUGCCUGGGGUUAAUGUGAAGCUUCUCCCCCCCCCCACCCCCAGCCCCCUCCUCUCCUUUGCACAUGAGGCCCCGGGGUGGCCGCCAGCAGCGACUGUCCCCGACCUCACAGCCACUGUGCCUUAGCCUGAGCUGGCUGCUCCUGCCCAGGUGCCCCCCCCACCUCCUUCCCUGGGCUGCCCGGGUCGUCGUCCCCCCCCCCCGGGGCUCCCCAGGACCGGCAGCAUCCCCCCAAAGCUGCCGUGGGGCAAGCGGCGGCAGCAGCAGCACCCAAAGCACAGCUGGCAGCACCCAGCGGGGCCGCCGGCCCCCUCUGUAUCACGUCCGAUUUGUACACGGGCUCCUCGCCCCCCCCACCCCCUUUUUUUUUUUUUUUCUAUAGUCGAAACCGAAUGAGCAAUAAAAUGACAUUAAUA